ACACUUCGAUACACCCAGGGCAGGGAUUGAACUGGCAACCAUCCGACUGCCAGACAACCGCUCUUACCUCCUGAGCUAUGUCGCCCCCCAGAUUGGGGUGUAUUUAUGCCAACAGAGAUGCCAAAGAUCAUCAAGAAUUCAGAGGGCUAAUUUGUCACAUUUCCUGGUCCUGCCUUUCAGCUGCCUACAUGACAUGGGCAGCACCAGAAGGAUGUGGGUGUGUACCUCUCUUUCUUGUUGGCCAUUGUUUUGAAAUUAACAAGAGGAAAUGUCUUUGUCUUCACACAACAAAUGCAUAUGAAUAUUACCCACAAUAAGAAUCCAUCACAUUUUUUGAUCUAGGAUUACGCACACCAUAUCAGGAUGGUAACUAUUUCAAUGUUUAAACCAGGCUGACCAGUGGAGGAUGGAGGAUUUUAUUUUUUUUAACCUGAUAUUUUAUAUUUUCUAUUUGGGGGUACAGGCCUGGUGUUUGCUCUCUCUUCUCUUUUUGCUCAUACACAAGUAUCGCUUUCUGGAAAGCUGAGCGUUAAAUGUGGCAGUCUUCCAUAUUUAAAUAUAAAUUUCAAAGAGAGGUUUUAAUUAAGUAGUUCAAAAUGCAUAUAUUGUGCAAAAUGACAUUUUCCUAGAUGCUCCUUUACUCAGUGUUUUAAUAUUCAAAGUAUUAACCUAAGCAUUCAAUGCAUUUGCCAUAUCACAGGCACUCUAUGAAUUCUGAAUGACAUAUUUCAGAAAUAUAAUUCAUAAUGUAAAUAGGUCUAGCAUUAAAAAUAAAUGUUUAACAUGUUUAGUAAUUUUUGUAAAUGUGAGACUUAUCAAAUCGGCACCUGUUAUAAACUGGAGCUUAAGGCAGCUACCAGUUGGUUAUUGGCUCCAGAUUGCAGGUUCUGCUCUAAUGCUACUCUGAUAGCAAGUUUUGCUCAUACAAUGACUAUCCCACUAUCCACUUAAAAAUUAUCCAUUAAAAACCGUAAAGCACGCACGCACACGCACCCCUCAAGCCAAUCAUGAGGUUUAAAAAAUGAGAUAAAUUUGAUUGCGGUUAAGGAGUAAUAAAAAGAAAAAUAAAAGCCACCUAUAUCCUUCUGUAUGUAUUACAAAAGCACAUUUUGUCAUUUAAAGGUGAUGGUUAGGUUACUGCUUGCCCCUUGCCACCGCGAUCCUGAUCUGGACUAAAGCGGUUGGUUAGGUUAAAACAUGUUUUUUGGUAUUUACAGAAUGACAAUAUAUAAGAUAUUAUCAAAAAAAAAAAAAAAAAAAGCUAAAUGUAGGCUGUUGUCUGAAAAUUCAGUUAAGCAAAACCCAUAAUGUUAAAAUCAAUACAUAACGUAGCCUAAUAUGUCACUCGCAAACAAAGAAAAGGCUGCUAAAAAUACUGAAACAAAGCUUGACCGUAUACAUUAUGGCAAAUUGGUGACAUGUGACAUCGACUGAUAAAGGUGUUUGGAUUGAAUAGAUUUUAGACGGGAACCGGAGAAUAAGGCCUACAGUCUUGCGUUAGGCCUAGAUUUUCACUGACAUAGGCAAGCCACGAAAAGCAUGCAACAUGGAAUUGUGUUGAACUGCCUUAAUUUGUGUUAAAUUUUAAAGCUACGAAGACUUGCGCCGCGUUGGUUUGCAUCCCAACUUCGGGUUUAAUUGUAACAUUUCACUCUCGGUACUUUCAGGGAAAUUGCCAGUGAAUGCCCCAGAAAUAUAAUUGAAAUGUGUAAUCAUAGCAAAUGGAUGUAGGUUGUUUUGUUUCUAUUAAAAAUAAUUAACCUAUCUCUAGUAUUAUUCCUGAAUUGAGCCAAAUACGAAAACCGUUAGUUAUGUCCCGCUUUCCCUUACAUAUUCUGUAAUUGAAAAUAGAAAAAGUCAGUGAUUAACUGUUCAAAUGUGAUCUAAGAAUUGAGGGAAUUCCGCAAAUUGAGCGUUGUUGCCUGUAAACUACCUAUUCAUCAAUAAUGCAGAGUAGUGUUGAAACAGAUUUCGAAACUAAGUUGAGCGGUUUAAAAAAAAUCGAGUAAGGAAGUUUAAAGGAAGUCCAGGAGUAGGGCUAGAAUAUUUCAGCCAACAUCAGCAAACACGGUCUAGCGUCAAAUGCAACAUGGCAUGGGGCCGUAUUUAAAAGACCGGACAGGAGGAGGAACCCGACGGUCUGAAAACGCCACGGUCACUUUGGGUCAUCGCCGUGUGGGAAGAUUGUGCACCUGUGCUCAGCAUUCAACCUCACGCUCCCUUGGAGGCUUCGGAAGGCGCUCUGUCCACAGAGGGGCUUGGCUCCCGUCUGGUCCCCGAGCAGGAUGCUCGUCUUCUGGGCCCUUCGUGCUUCUCUCCUCCCUGCCCUGGCGCUGGCCUCUGAAUCGGAACGCUGCCCUGCACAGAACCCUUCCACUGUGCUGGAUUCCUUGGAGUGCUACAAUGACUACAAUUCCCACAUUCGCUGCAGCUGGAGAGAGGACAAUCGGACACACUCACAAGCCCCCCUGUCUCUCUUUCACUGGGACGAGGAGGAGAACAGUGAGUCUGCGUGUGAGCCUCGCGGCCCCCCCGUCCUGCUGCCCGACGGCCAGCUCGCGGCCCACUGCCAGUACAACACCACGCUGUUCGGCAUCUGGAACCAGGACCACUUCUUCUUCAAGACCCCUCACUCCCCCGGCCUCUCCAGGAACCUCUCGGUGUCCCAGCUGGUGAGAGUGCGCCCCCCCCACAGCCUGUCCCAAAGAGCUGUGGAAGGAGGGGGCAGAGCGUUGCGCUGGAACAGCUCCUACCCUCCCUCCUCAAUCCUCUACCCAACGCUGAACUACCAAGUGAAGUACAGGCGGACGGGCCAGGACUGGACGGUUUUGGAGGUUUCUGAGGAGGAAUUAGUCAUUGAGUCAGACUCAUUGGCACCUGGCUGCCGGUAUGAGGCUGGGGUGAGGAGUCGAGGAGGAAAGGGGCGGUGGAGCGACUGGAGCCCCCUGGUGGAGUGGAAGACUGAAGAGGCCCCUGUGCCAGGCCCCUAUAACCUGCAGUGUGAGUUUGAUGGAGAGACAACGAUGAGCUGCAGUUGGGAAUUGCAGGCGGACCUCGCCCAGCUUGUCACCUACCACCUCUCCUACCGCACCGAUCCCACUGCACCGGUCAAGUGGUGCUGUUCUGACGGUCUCAGUGUAGACACCGGUCUGUCCGCGCUGAGGCUCAGCUGCAGUUUCUCAGUCUCACAGCCGGAGCAGCUGCUGGUGGAGCUCACUCCCUCGUACAACACCAAGAUGAUCGAGGGUUGCACAAACAUCCGCCCAAACCCCCCGGACAAUGUGACGCUCAGGAAAGUAGAGGAAGAUUGGGUGCUGAGCUGGACCCCCCCCCCAAGCGACUCCAAAGUCCCAAUCUCCUUCGAGGUGCUCUACUGGAGAUCUGACACACCGGAGGAGGCGAACAACUCCACUGUUCCUAAGGGGGUUUGGUCGCACCGGUUCCGUAGGUCUUCUCUGCUGCCCUCCACGGGAUACAGUGCAGCGGUGCGCGCCCUGGUCACCCCCGGGACGGAAACGUACGCGGGGCUCCCCUCCGACUGGUCAGAGCACGUGCACUGGAACACACACCCAGCUCCCUGGUCCUACUACUACUGCAUCCUGUUCCUGAUGGCGGUGGUUCUCUGCCUGUUGCUCACCUUGCUCACCAUUCCCCCCUGUCGAAGGAGGGUGAAGGUGUGGGUGGUGUCUGUUCCUUCUCCCUUCAAGAGUAAAGUGCUGAAAGAGAUGGCGGAGAAGUCUACAAAUAACAGCUUGGCCUAUCAGAAAGUGUUUGAGGGAGCUCAUAUCAGCAAGAUUGAAGUGUUGAAGGUCCAGGAAAUUGAGUGCAGUCCACAUGCAUCGGAGGAUCCCGUCCAGCGGCUGUGGCUGACUACUGCUGAGGAAGAUGGACCGUACCAACAGGUCUCCGGGCAGGGGGCAAGUGUACCCGCUAGUGCUAGUUUGAGUGGCCCUGGCGUUUCACCCUCCCCUGGUCCCGAGCCCCAGAGUGAGGGGGCUGUGAGUGGGCCCAGUGUGCAGGACGGCGUCUCCCUCUCGCCUCUGCCCACCGCCCCGAAAACACCUCUCCAGUGUGGGAGCGAGUACGUGGAGGUACCUCAGAACGUGUCCCCUGCGUGGUCCGUGGGGGAACCGGAGCCACGGGAUGUGUGCAUUCACAUUGGCUGUCCCCUGUUGGGACCUGCUGAGUCAGAGACAGAGCUGCCUUUAGCCCCCAAACAACUGGGUUUGGACCCAUGUGCCUAUAUGCCCAUCCCCUGUAAGACUCAAGAAGUUAUGAUCCGGCAAAAUCCAGACUGUUCCCUACUACCGGAUCUCGGGACGGUCAAAAAGAGUGCCGCACCCCCCUCUGUACCCCCUGCUGGAUCCGGAUCUGGGGAUCUGGCUGGGGACAGAGUGGGCUGGCUGGAGGACAUCAAAGAGGAUUACGCCUAUGUGAAACUGUCCUUGGGUAUGACUCGCACGGAAUUCUGCCACGACUGCGGGACACAGAAAGACACGCAGCUGUCAAUCGCCUCCUCCCCUGUAGAGGGCAGCACAGAGCAGCAUGGGGGCACCGUCUGGGCAGAUCUGCCGAGGUCCGAAGCCGUGUCUGGAUCAGCCUGCUAACUACUGUGUCCUCAAAGUAUGUACUCUCAACUUAGGACGCUGCAUACUGCUCGGUCCGUAUUUUUAGUACGCAGUGGGCAGCAUGUGAAAAGUAUCCUCCAGACUGUUUUCCAGCCGUACUGUGGGAGUGUGUUCAGAUGUUCCACGCUUGUGUGGCCAGUCUCAUUUCAUUGUUUUUGUUGCAGGAGAACAUCAGAGAAGCUGUGUCUCUUUUUUUUUUUAAAGCAACGCUGUGUGGCAGAAUCGCAGGACCAGAAUGGUUGUUUACUACCUGAAAAGUAUGAUUCCGAAUAUACUCUGCUACGCUAAUAAAUAUAUCAUACUGGGAUUCUAAGUACACCUCAUGAAGGGAAAAUUUUUCCUACUUAACAUCUCUCAUAUCCAGUGUACUGAACAACUAUACUCAAUAGUCGGCAAGUGCGCUUAUUUGGACACAGCCCAUUUUAAGAACACGGUCCAUCCCCAACUCAAUACAAUGUAGUAAAAGAAGAACGAGAUA